CGAGAGGGCGAGCGAACCCAGGAGAGGCUAACCAAUACGAGCCAUGGCUGCAGCCAAGCCGAGGGAAAGAACGAACCAUGCAAUAUCCACCCUAACGGUUACGAUAAUCCCCGUUCGUCUGAUCUCUCCUUAAUCACUCUCUGCCCCCUUUCUCUCCAUAUCUCGCCAGACAAAAUCGGAUAACAAAAACCCUUUCUCUCUUUCAGGAGUUCGCUUGGCUCUAUUGACUCGCUCGUCCCUUUCUGUAACGUAGUAAUUAUCGCUGUUCACAUUGGUUUUAUUGCUAGGUUUUUUAACUGCUAUUUGCCUAUUUACUUCGAUUCUGGGAGGAGAGGCGCCUCGAGGUUGCAGUUUGCUUGCGGAAGGAAAUUCUGCCAUGAACAUGAUCAAUACUGUAUACUACAACAUUUUGCUUUGACGCUUUGGUGAGGAUCUCCAUAUAUUGUGCGAAUGGUGGCUGAUCAGAGGAAAAAACGACUUAAUGGUACCAGUACUGGAUGCAGUUCUUGGGAUCACUAUGAAACAAGAAAGAAAAGACUAGAAUCAGCAAAUAAUGAUUUAAAUACAAAAUCUCAUAUUUCUCUUGAAUGGGAUGACAACCAGGAAAGGGUUGUUGCCAAAAAGGAGCAAAUCGGUAUCAGUUGGAGAGAUGUACGGUCUUUUGUUGAUUAUGCUCCUCAAUGCCACAACAUUCUGGCUGAUGUUGUCACUAUUCCUCAAGAAAAUUUUGAUUUGGAGAAUUUGACUGAGGUGCUUUCAUACCAGGUUUGGCAGACUCAUUUAUCAGAGAAUGAGAGAAGCUUUCUUAAGCAGUUUCUUCCAAGAGAGCAAGAUGCUCAACAAGUUGUGCAAGCAUUGCUUGGCGGGGAUAAUUUUCACUUUGGGAACCCAUUUCUUAAAUGGGGUGCUUCACUUUGUUCAGGUAAUCUUCAUCCUGAUGCAGUUCUUUCUCAGGAAAAGUGUCUAAAGGCUGACAAGAAAGCAUACUACUUGGAGUUGCAGAGAUAUCAUCAUGAUAUGAUUGAAUAUUUGCAGGAGUUGAAGGGAAAAUGGAAAAGCUGCAGAGAUCCAGAAAAGGAAAUUCAACAAAAAACUUGGAGGUCAAGAAAGGAUGAUGAGGGAAUUUUUCUUCCUGCCAAUGGAUCUAGAUUUUUUGACCUUGAAGAUAAUGCUGUGGCUACAUCCAAUUCUUUUUCCUCAGUAGGAGAGGAGAAAGCUUCUAGUAGUGAUAAUCAGAACUCUUCAAUAUUCAAGGGUGGAGAACUUCAGAAGAGGACGCACAAGAAAGGCUUGAAGAAAGACAAAUGUAUAUAUCCAUUGGUUGCUUCAGAUCAUGCAAUAAAUGUGGGAAGUGGACCCAGAAAAGGAGGAAAGAUUCACAAGCGUAACAUCCAGCAUAGUGAUGGUGCUGAAUAUAUGUCUUAUUUAAAGAUUAGCAAGAAGCAGUACGAACUUGUGAAGAGUAUGAAGCAGUCUGGUAAGAGCAUUCAGUCCAAGACACUUAACCGUGUUUUAGGCAACCAUAAUAGCUGGCAUGUUCAACCGUUUGUGGUAUUUGAGGAAGAGGAACAGAGGAAAUGGCGAGAUCAUUGGUUGCAAUUGGUCAACAAAGAUAUUCCUGUGGCUUAUGAAAAUUGGAGGCAAAGACGGUUUCAGAUAGGAGAAAUUAUCAAGUCAUUGGAGCAAGACUUGAAGAAUGGACUAAAAUUGCAGAUGGAGAAUGAGAAGAAAGGAAACCAAGAGAUUGUGAUUGAGGACCAAAAUGAUUCCGGCGCAGAUGAUGAACCAAAAAAUGAAGACGAUUCUAGUUCUGGCUCGUUACAGAAUCCAUCUCAGCAGCAGAUUUCAUCGCCCCAGCAGAUUUCUUCCCUUAAAGGUGACCAUCACUUGAAUUCCACCACUAUGGAUGCAGAAAACACUCAUAUUACAUCUAGAUCUGGUGAUGCUUCUCCAGAUGCAUCCAAGUAUUCGGAGAAUGCUAACAUUGCAAAUGUUCCUGUUAGUCAAGAUGUUAUCAUCUCUUCCUGUGGGGACGACAUCUGGUCACAUUCUUACUAUAAGUCAACUGGAACCAAUGAGUACACAUCUGCCAGUGGGUUUUCGCAUCAACAUCAAGUUAAUGAAGGCCAACAAACUCGCAUGAUUGAUCUAGAAUCUGACGUGGGUGAUGAAGCCAACAGUAAACAACGUUUGUUGCUCAGACAAUCAAAUGAUGGUUCCUUCAGUUCUUACCCAAACCAUGAUCGGAAUGAAUUCCUUCAAUCUCUCUUUAAGGGCCAUGGGAUGUUAUCCUACCAUCAUGAGCAAAAACAAGCUGGGUUUGAUUUUCCGCCACCAAACAAUGUGUUGGUGGAAGAUGGCCAGUUCCAUGGGCAUUUCCAGGAUCAGGUUCAACCACUGCUGCCACUGGAGCAGGGUCAAAAGAUGGAGAAUGAGGACUACAUGCAGCGAAGAAUGUCUUCGGACAUUUACCCUGGUGGAGGUGGAUACUUAAUUCCAAGGCAAGAGCAUGUGCCUCCAUUAGGUGUUCACGAUUGGGCUAUCAACUCUACCCACAUGCCAACGACUGCUCUUCAAUCUAACCUAAAUGGUGGUGAAUUGCUAAAUCAGAACUGGUUUCCUUCAGAGCAUCAAAUGCGUGGCAGCUGGAGCGGUUCAGAUGUUGUUAAUGUACCAAGUCAGAACAUUCCGAGUGGAAGCAAUGCAGAUCAAAGCUUAUUCAGUGUCUUAUCCCAGUGUAACCAACUACGCAAUAGUAGCCCUUAUGAUUCAGCGGGCUCCACCGAGCAGUUCAUUUUUCCAAGGAACUAUGGAAUUGUUGGUGGGGGUGCUCCCAGGAUGACCAAUGCUUUAUCGCAAGGAGCCCAUCCAAUCAACUACUUGGGAGGGCGUGAGGCAGCCACUCCCCUGAUGCCUGAUGGUAUGGGAUGGCCGAACUUGCAACAUAAUUCUGCUCUACAUGAUCCAAUGGGGAAGCAGUACUCGGGGUCAUGGAAUCAAUAGCAACAUUUUUCAGUUGAUGGCGAUCUGGCCUGGAUUAAGUGAUCAUUCAUGGCGGUUGAUUAGACAAGGAACAAUAGUGAAGCAUGAUGCAGAUUAUUGUGACAAGAUAGACUCUUUUAAGGUUACCACAUAUCUGCAGAUUCCUGAUUAUACAGAUCCCCAAGAUAGUUUUGUGUACAUACCUACAGAGCAGAGCAACUCAAAUGCCAUGUACAUAUCUUCUAGAUUGUAGCCGGGUAGGUGGGAUGGAAAUGGAAGGCAAAAAAGAUUCUGGUUUCUCCUAUUUGGGUUGGUAAGUUAUUUUAUUACAUUUUUGUUUCCAUUGGGAUUUCGUUCGUAUUAGUUGGCUGGCUGACUAAUUGUCUUUCAAUAAUUUAUGAGGCUAUAGAUUGCCGCUCCC